AUGGCCGACCUACCGCCCCUCACGACGACCGACACACGCGCCUCCCUCGCCUCGAUGCACGAAAUCGACCCCUCGCCCGUCGACGACGAGGAAGACCCGUCUAUGGACACCUCGUCGCCAUAUCCAACAACGGACCCCACGGAUCCGUCCUCCUCCACGAAAGACUCGUCGUCGAGCCACGCCGCCUCCCCUUCCCAGGGCACAACAAACCUCCUAGGCCUCACUCCCACACGGACGCUCCACCUCCUCACGGCCCUGCAGAAAUACUCCGUCGCCCCACUAGGGCUCUACCUAGCAAUGCACUACACCAACACGGCGCUCAUCCCGCUGGUCACCCCCUCCGUACGCGCCGCGGACAAAUACCUCCUCCUCACACGCCCCUUCUACCAGACCCCGCCUCUCGAACCGCUCCUGAUAUUCCUCCCCGUGCUCACGCACGUCGUCUCCGGGGUAGCCCUGCGUGUAUACCGCCGGCGGAUCACGGCGCUCCGCCACGGCGCCGAGACGCGCAGCCAGCGCCGCGGGAUCGCGUGGCCGAAACUCAGCGCCACCUCGGCGGCCGGGUACGCGCUGUACCCGAUGUUCGCGCUGCACGUGCUGAGCAUGCGCGUGACUCCGCGGCGCGUCGACGGCAGCUCCGCGUCCGUGGGCCUGCGGUACUUUGCGCAUGGCAUCGCGGCGCACCCGGGUCUGGGACUGGCGGCGCAUGCGCUGUUGAUUGUCACGGCGAGUUAUCAUUUCGUGAGCGGGGCGGCGCGGUUCUUGAGGCUGAGUACCGAGUAUGUUGUUGGGGGUGGGGAGGAUGGGCGGGUCAAGAGGAAGUGGCGGGGGAGAGUCAUCAAUGGCGUGGCGGCGCUGAUGGCGGGGGUUUGGAUAGUAGGCGGGUUGGGCGUCGUGGGGAGGAGUGGACCGGGCGUGGGCUGGGAGGCUAGUCACUGGAAUGCGAUAUAUAAAGAGGUGCCGCUUGUUGGGAGGUUGUUCUAG